GAGAGGAAUCUAGAGGUCAGAACCAGGAUUGAGAACAUCUAGAAUGUGGAAGACUUACACAGAGCUGUCUAGACCAGAGGCUGUCAAAUUUCUAGCUAGAUCCGACUUAAUUGGUCAUGGGGGUCUUAACCAACUAGGCGGAAUGUUUGUGAACGGCCGUCCCCUUCCGGAGGUGAUCCGGCAGCGCAUCGUAGACAUGGCCCACCAGGGCGUGCGUCCCUGUGACAUCUCCCGGCAGCUCCGUGUCAGCCACGGCUGUGUCAGCAAGAUCCUGGGGCGCUACUACGAGACUGGCAGCAUCAAGCCAGGAGUGAUUGGGGGUUCCAAGCCCAAGGUGGCCACUCCUAAAGUGGUUGAUAAAAUAGCAGAUUACAAGCGUCAGAACCCCACAAUGUUUGCCUGGGAGAUCAGAGACAGGCUCCUGGCAGAGGGGGUGUGUGACAGUGACACCGUGCCCAGUGUUAGCUCCAUCAACAGAAUAAUCCGAACCAAGGUGCAGCUGCCUUUCAACCUGCCUCUGGAUGGAAAAGGCCUAAGCCCAGGACACACACUAAUCCCCAGUUCAGCUGUCACUCCCCCAGAGUCGCCCCAGUCCGACUCCCUGGGCUCCACCUACUCCAUCAGUGGCCUGCUGGGAAUACCACAGCCCAGCCAAGAGGGCAAGAGGAGCCAUGAUGACAGUGACCAGGAGAGCUGUAGACACAGUGUGGACUCUCAGGGCAGCGCAGGCGUUCCUAGGAAGCAGCUGAGACCGGAGCACUUCCCCCCGCAGCACCUGGACUGUGGCUUUGACCGCCACCACUAUCCACCAGACUUCAGCUCUGCAGCAGCCAGCAAGACCGAGCAGACUGUGUACCCUCUAUCGCUCAUCAAUGGCAGUCUAGAAGACGGGAAGACCAGCCUCUCAACAUCGAGUGCUGCUAUUGGUCGGAAUCUGGCAGCGCACCAGGGUUACACUGUUGUGACAGACCCCCUACAGCCCCUCACGCUUUGUCUGAAACAGGAAAUGUCCCCGGAGGUGACCAGCACAAGCCCCUCCCUAAAUGCGAUGGCCAACUCUGCCUUCCUAGAGCUGCAGUCAUUGCAAGCCCCUGUCACUGUCAGUAGCAGCUGCAGCAGCUCCAACCAUUUCCCUCAUGCGUUCAACUCAUUCUCCCAUCAUGCACCAGUGUACGGCCAUUUCAGCAGCCAGUCUCUCAUAGCAGGGCGGGAUAUGGUGAGCUCCACUCUCCCUGGCUACCCUCCUCACAUCCCCUCCAGUGGCCAGACAGGCUACUCAUCCUCGGCCAUCACUGGCAUGGUAGCAGGUGCAGACUAUUCUGGUCAGACCUACACUCACUCCCCCUACACCUCCUACAGCGAAGCUUGGAGAUUCACCAACUCCAGCAUUCUCGGUUCGCCCUAUUACUAUAGCUCAGCCUCCCGCACUGCUCCACCAUCCACUGCAGCCUACGACCAUCUCUAG